GCAUCUUUCAUAUUACAGCAUCCCGAUUCGGAGGUCUCGCCCAGCCAGGAAUUUACUUUUUCAAAAUUUUGAAGUUAUUGUUGGUUUGCAGUUUAAAAACUGACAGUCAAUGUGGUUUUAGAACACCGCAAUGGGGAACUCCAUGAAAUUACUAAAUUUCAAACUUUGCUUCCUCGGUUUAAUAGCUGCAAGUUACGCCCAAGCAUCCGUGGUACACAUCGAAGCGAAUCCUGAUGCCAAAAGGUUGUACGAUGAUUUACUCAGCAAUUAUAAUCGGCUCAUUCGUCCGGUUGUGAAUAAUACCGAGACAUUGACAGUAUGGCUUGGACUCAAGUUGUCUCAGUUGAUUGAGGUCAGUCUUCGCAAUCAGGUUAUGACGACCAAUCUUUGGGUGAAGCAAAAGUGGUUUGAUUACAAACUCAAGUGGGACCCGGAAGAAUAUGGCGGUGUAGAAAUGUUGUAUGUGCCAUCCGAGCAAAUAUGGCUUCCUGACAUUGUACUGUACAAUAAUUGGGACGGAAAUUACGAGGUUACGCUAAUGACAAAAGCUACGUUAAAAUACACCGGAGAGGUAUUCUGGGAGCCUCCAGCAAUCUACAAAUCGUCUUGUGAGAUGAACGUGGAAUACUUUCCGUAUGACGAACAAACGUGUCUAAUGAAGUUUGGUUCGUGGACUUACAAUGGUGCUCAAGUUGAGUUGAGGCAUUUGGAUCAGGUACCCGGAAGUAAUCUUGUUCAAAUUGGUAUUGAUUUGAGUGAGUUUUACCUCUCAGUUGAAUGGGAUAUUUUGGAAGUGCCAGCAAGUCGUAACGAAGAAUAUUAUCCAUGUUGUCCUGAACCAUUCUCUGAUAUCACUUUCAAACUAACAAUGAGACGCAAAACUCUGUUUUACACUGUGAAUUUGAUAAUCCCUUGCGUCGGAAUCACGUUCUUGACCGUUCUUGUCUUCUAUUUGCCUAGUGAUUCUGGAGAAAAGGUGACAUUGUGUAUCUCAAUUCUUGUAUCACUUACUGUGUUCUUCUUGCUGCUGGCUGAGAUCAUUCCCCCUACGUCACUGGCUGUGCCAUUACUCGGAAAAUAUCUUCUGUUUACCAUGAUUCUAGUAUCAUUAUCGGUUUGGACAACUGUUUGUGUUCUAAACGUUUGGUAUAGGAGUACCUCUACACACAAGAUGUCACCUAUAGUGCGGCGACUGUUUUUGGAGAUCAUGCCAAAGAUUCUAAUGAUGCGUCGUGCUAAAUAUACAUUACCGGACUAUGAUGAUUCAACUCCAAGCAAUGGAUACACCAACGAGAUUGAUAUGAGGAUUAUGUGCGAUUAAUUUGGAUUAAUAUACUUCUGUUUGGUCUAAUAAUGAAACUUCAGUCAACUAGCUACUGGUUUCGGUAAAUUCAGACUGAAAUAAUAACUGAAUUUGAGAUUAUGCACCACUGGUUUGUAUACAACAACAAAACUUUGGGAAUCCUCUACGAGAAGCAACACGCUAGCAACAUUGAGAAGCCCAAAAAUUUGUUUCAAAACCAUCCAACACUAGUCCAGUAAUGGAAGCCUGCUGAACGGUGUACUGGGCGUCGCCCAACGUUGGUCCAGCAAAAAACCAGCAUUGGACGAUUCUGAAACACGGAUUUCUUAGGGGGAUGAAUUUUGCACAAGUUACGAAUAUCAAAAAUGCACAACUUUUUAUGCGCACGACACCAAGAAGCGUGCGUUGUUCAAUCAGCAGCAGUAUCAUCAUCGUCAUCAUGCGCUCUAGAGAUAUUGUUCAGCGAGCCAAUCAGAAACUAGCUGAAUCUUGGUUCUUGGAUAUUUUUAGCUAUAAAUAUGCUUGUUCUAAUGCAUUAAAUGAUUCAGUUUGAUACUACACUUUUUUUUUCUUGUUUGCUUGAUGAAAACAUCAUCCAGGAUCUUCAUUUGGCCAUUGCUCGGCGUUCUACCGAGUCGCUUAAAGGCAGUUCAGUGCAUCUAUUUCGUAAUGAAUUA